GCGCGCCGCGCCGCCCUCCUCCGAGAGUGGCAGCAGUGGCCGCGGCGGCCGCAGGGGUUCCCGGCUGCCGCAGCUCCUCAGGGGGGCCGAGCGCGCCUCUCCUGCGAGCCCAGCACCCCGAACCUGCUCGCCGCGCGCAGCUGAGCCGUCGCGCGGGACUCGCCGCCCAACAUGGAUUUCCUCCUGGCGCUGGUGCUCGGGUCCUCGCUCUAUCUGCAGGCGGCCGCGGAGUUCGACGGGAGGUGGCCCAGGCAAAUAGUGUCAUCCAUUGGCCUGUGUCGUUAUGGUGGGAGGAUUGACUGCUGCUGGGCCUGGGCCCGCCGGUCCUGGGGACAGUGUCAGCCUGUGUGCCAGCCACAGUGCAAACACGGUGAAUGCAUCGGACCAAACAAGUGCAAGUGUCAUCCUGGAUAUGCCGGCAAAACCUGCAAUCAAGAUCUAAACGAGUGUGGCCUGAAGCCGCGGCCCUGCAAGCACAGAUGCAUGAACACUUACGGCAGCUACAAGUGCUACUGUCUCAACGGAUACAUGCUUAUGCCGGAUGGAUCCUGCUCAAGCGCCCUGACGUGCUCCAUGGCAAACUGUCAGUAUGGCUGUGAUGUUGUCAAAGGACAAAUUCGGUGCCAGUGCCCCUCUCCUGGCCUACGGCUGGCUCCUGAUGGGAGGACCUGUGUGGACAUUGAUGAAUGUGCUACUGGAAGAGCCUCCUGCCCUAGAUACAGGCAGUGUGUCAACACUUUUGGGAGUUACAUCUGCAAAUGUCAUAAAGGCUUCGACCUCAUGUACAUUGGAGGCAAAUACCAAUGUCACGAUAUAGAUGAAUGCUCCCUUGGUCAGUAUCAAUGCAGCAGCUUUGCUCGAUGUUACAACGUACACGGGUCCUACAAGUGUAAAUGUAAAGACGGAUACCAGGGCGAUGGACUGAAUUGUGUUUAUAUUCCAAAAGUCAUGAUUGAACCUUCAGGUCCAAUUCAUGUACCAAAUGAAAAUGGUACCAUUUCAAGGGGCGAUGGAGGACACAGUAAUUGGAUCCCUGAUGUCAGAAGUACUAGGUGGCCUCUGAAGACACCCUAUGUACCUGCUGUCAUUACCAGCAGGCCCACCUCUGAGCCAACAGCAAGACCUGCCCUGAAGCCAGCACCACAGCCUGCCCCACCCACAGAACUCAGAACACCUCCGCCAGCAGCAGCCCCAGGAGGACCAACCACCAGCCUGACAAGUGUAGCGCCAGUUGCCACUGUGUCUCCAAGAAGGAUUACAGUUGACAACAGGAUACAGACAGAGCCUCAGAAACCCCGAGGAGAUGUGUUCAUUCCGCGGCAGCCUUCAAAUGACUUGUUUGAAAUAUUUGAAAUUGAAAGAGGAGUCAGUGCAGAUGAUGAAGCAAAGGAUGAUCCAGGCGUUCUGAUACACAGUUGUAAUUUUGACCAUGGGCUUUGUGGAUGGAUCCGAGAAAAAGACAGUGACUUGCACUGGGAACCAGUGAGGGAUCCAGCAGGUGGACAGUAUCUGACAGUCUCGGCAGCCAAAGGCCCGGCGGGAAAGGCUGCUCGCCUGAUGCUUCCCCUUGGCCACCUCCUGCACUCAGGGGACCUGUGCCUGUCGUUCAGGCACAAGGUGACGGGGCUGCACUCCGGCACGCUCCAGGUGUUUGUGAGAAAACACGGUGCCCACGGAGCAGCCCUGUGGGGAAGAAAUGGUGGCCACAGCUGGAGGCAAACGCGCAUCACCCUGCGAGGGGCUGACGUCAAGAGCGUCAUCUUCAAAGGUGAAAAAAGGCGUGGUCGCACUGGGGAGAUUGGAUUGGAUGAUGUGAGCUUGAAAAAAGGCCACUGCUCUGAAGAACGCGAGCAACUCCAGAACUAGCAAUGAAGCCCCGUGUUGCUCCCUCUUCUUUUUCCAACCUUCACCUCCUGUCCUUUCCUCCCUCGUAUCAGGCCUAGGAGAAGAGUGGGUCAGGAGAAAGUCUGGCUGGUGACCCACAUCUUGCUGGCCUGCUUUUGUGCAAUCCCAGUGAACAGUGGCACCUUCCUUGAAAUACAGGGGGGCAUCUGUAGAUGUGUCCAAAGCCAUCUUUGGGUGUUACCUUUCAUCCCAUGUCUCUUAAGAAGGCCUUCAGUGUGUGUGACCUAUACCGUCCUUCAUCCUGGUUACAAGGUGUUCCCUGUAGCAAAUUAGAGAAGUUUUCAAAAGAAAUCUGUGCAAAUGACCAUUCUGUUAUCUGUUCAGUGUUGUACCAUGAGUAGUAUUGACUUCCCCUAAGAUGCGUUGUACAAUGUGCUUGUGAAAUUGGUUUCUCCUCUCCACUUGGUAGUUCUGGUCUGACCUGAACUCUGACU